GGUUGGACACUAUUUAGACAGAGUCAGAAGCUUCCUCAUCCCUCUCAGUACAGGACAAAUCUUACACUACUUCACACAGCGCAGUCGUCUUGGAGGUGAAUCUGUCCAUUUUCUGUUCAGGUAUGUGCUUCUUUUGCACUCUAUCUUUGUUAUGGCUUUUAAGAUAAUUUAUUCGACAUUGCGCAUCACUUUUAUACAAUACUGUUCAAAAGUCUUCGGCAGUCAAAAAUGUUUAAAGAUAUUUAUCUGAGUAGUAAGUGCGCAUUUGCUCGGAACAAAAAAAUCUGUUUAACAUUAGAAAUAUGCAUAUUAAGACUUGACACAAUAAAAACGAAUAAGAAUUUCUUCUGUUCUCCGAAAAGUUACUGAUAUCUAGUUGGAUGGCUAGAUGAAGACCGCUUUGGUUCCCAAACAUCUCCUUAGUGGCACCUCAGCCAUUCCAUGUAUUUACUAAAUUUCUCCACCAGCUCACUUAAUUUUUUUUUAUUAGUUUAAGAAAAGCCAAUGAGAUAUUGAUUAGCUAUGCCAGGGGUGCUGGUUGUCCAGUCAAAAAACACAUGGCUGUUUUGAUUGGUUGCUGCAAAUUCUGGGGUGACUUUAGCAGAAGUAUUGGAAUAGCUAAGUUAACACACUUUGACAGGCAUAACAUCAUAGUUUUACAUCAACAUGAAGAUCAUUUAAACAUGGGAGGCUCACCCCACCUCUGCUUCUUGCAGGGAUGUGCGUCGGCCGCUGCUCCAGGUUUGUGGGCUGGUCCCUGGUUCCCAUGUCAGUCCUGUCCAUGCUCAGCAACACCCUGCUGCUCUUCCCUGACCUAAAGGCACGAUACCUGCUGGAGGGUCAUGUGACUCCUGAGGCGACCUGGAGUACGGGUCUCUGGGCGUCUGGGCUCCUGGUUCUUGUUGCGGCUAGAAGCUUCAUAUCUAACAAUCUGCAGAGGAGUUGCUGUGGUUUCAGAAUAGAGAUGAUGUGGCAGAUUGGGACAUCCUCUGUAGCAGUAGCUGCAGCAGGAAUCUGCUUCCUGAUCAGCAGCGCAGGACUGGCAUGUGGCCCCCUCUGUCUUCACAAUAGCACCGAGGGGCUGAUCUGGGAUCAGCCACUGAAGAAGCUGAUACGCAGGGGCAGCCCUUACUUCCCCAUCCAGGCGUGGCAAACACUGACCUGUGAGGAGCCCAGCGGCGUGGUCCCAUGGAACGCGGUGCUCUUCUCUGUUCUCUUGGCAACCAGUGGCAUCCAGGUGCUGCUGUGCGCCGCGCAAACACUCAACGCUCUACUGGGCAUGCUCUGUGGACAAGGCUUUGGCAGGAACAAGGUUAGCCCAGCCUGAGGACAGAGUUGGGGGAAGGGGGCCAAGCUUCUGCAUCACCAUGGAACAGCUAGCAGCACACGCCAUGACUUCCUGAGGUGGAAAAGAGGAACGGGAAGUACAGACUUAGUGAAUAGAAAGAGCGCCAUCUGGUGACUGCCGAGAUUAAUGUCGUUCUGCGGUAUGUAUUUCUGGAAUCUUCCGCUGGGUCUUCCUUCCAGAAUGGGACGUUCGCUCAGAAACAGAGGAGUGCCAUGGUUCUGCAGCUCACAUUCUUUAUCUUUGAACAUUUCCGUUGUUUUCUGAGGUCAAUUUUCUUUUUAAAUGAUAUUUUUCAAGGUUUUUUAUAUUUUUCAGCACAAAAAUCAUUAGGAAAUAAUUAAAUAUUUUCCCUUCUUAUUAUUAAAUAUUUAUUAUUCUUUUUGCGAUCUAUUAAAUAUUAACUGAUUUUGCUUCCCUUGUUUUUCAGUUGUUUAUCUGUAAUGAAUGAAAUGUUGCUGUAUCCACUUUGUAUUUCGCUAUGUUAGCUCUUGUUUUUCCAUCACUCAUGAAAGAAAUGCAUUAUGGUGCUGAUGCUUCUCUCUGGUGAUCAUGUGCAGUAAUAACAGUGAUAAUAUGGAAGUCAUCUGAAAUGUGGCUGAGAUGCAGUUGGCUUGUGGAGAGUUGGUUGUUCCUGAAUGUGGUAGUCGGUGUUCUGAUGCUGCGAGAUCUACCACCAGAAUGAGUGGACAUUGCAGAGCAGCCUCGAGGUUACCCUGCACACAUGACCAGCGUGAGAGAUUUGAAGAUAGGUGGAUGGAUCUCUUUCCACGACCCAAAUACACUUUCGUUUUCUCACCUCUCCCCUUGUGCUGAUACCAGUGCCACAGUAAAUCCCACCACAGUCUCAAAUUAGGCAGCUGGUACUUCCCCUCAUCUUCAGGUCAUGGACUCUUCUGAUGGCUGAUCCACAAGAGAUGAGUACAGGACCAUCUACUGCAAGAUAAAACCUUAUGGUUCCCCUUCCCUUGCCCCGGACCGCACAGGUUCAGCCAGAUGCAUCAGCAGGGCUGCACUGGCGUUUACUUUAGAGAAUACAGUUACAGAACUGUCAAAAGGCGCAUUACCCAUUCAGCCACACUGAGUCACAAAGAGAAAGGACAGUGUGAGACAAUAUACACUGCAAUAGUACCCACGACACUCACAAGAGACGCAUCCCGCCAAACAACUACCUCUUCACCAGGCUGAGGUCUGAAAAGCACUUCUGCUGUCUCUCAGUGAGACCUGACAGUCUCAGAAGGAGCUUCCAACCUCCAGCCGUCAGAUCACUCAAUACCCCUACAACACUUAUGAUUAAACACUCUCUCUUUGCAUAUGUGACAUGCACUUUAUUUCAGCCAUCCUUCUUAUCUCUGAUCUUUUUUUCUUUUAUUUUUCUAUAUAACUUUAUGUUCCUUAUUUAUAACAUAUUUAUUGUCAUCAUUGUUUUAUUGCCACUACUUUUUUUAUUAUGGAAGAGUUGAUCACUUUUCAUUUCA